AGCCCCAGGUCCUGACACUCGUGAUUGGUAUUGGUCAGCCAAAUCGUGUACAAGUGACGUGUCGCGAGCGUCGCUACUCGCGCUUACCCUUACGAGAAAUUUCAGCGUAGAACAGUUAGGCCGUUGGGCGAUUGUCUCCGUUAACGAUAUCGUGCAAGAUACCGGACUAUUAUCUCAUUUCUUUGUUGUACAUUCAUUGCGAAUUGUUCGAAAAUGUCUUUUAUAUCGCCCAUGCCAAGCCGAGAAUUUCUUUGGGAUGUAUUCCAGAGGGUGGACAAGGACAGAUCCGGUGCAAUCUCUGCGGACGAGUUGCAGCAAGCUCUCUCGAACGGUACAUGGACACCAUUCAAUCCAGAAACUGUACGUCUAAUGAUAGGUAUGUUUGAUAAAUCCGAUCCUGCUACAGGUAUGUUUGAUAAAAAACAGACAGGUACUGUCAAUUUUGAAGAAUUUGGAGCGUUAUGGAAGUAUGUCACUGAUUGGGAGAAUUGCUUUCGAUCGUUUGAUCGUGACAACAGUGGUAACAUUGAUCGCAAUGAAUUGAAAACAGCUCUUACAAACUUUGGGUAUCGAUUGACUGAUCAAACGAUUGAUAUGCUAAUACGGAAGUACGAUCGUGCGGGACGUGGUACAAUAUACUUUGAUGACUUUAUACAAUUAUGUGUUGUGUUAUAUACUCUUACAAAUGCCUUUAGACGACUGGAUACAGAUCUGGAUGGAGUCAUAACAAUUCACUAUGAACAAUUUUUGGGCAUGGUGUUUAAUAUAAAAACAUAAGUUGCACAAAGUCUACAAAUAUUUCUUUCUGUUGCCUGUUCGAUAACAUAUUAUUCAAUAUUUAAGAAUACCCUAAAAUGCCAAAUAAAGACGAGAAUUUCUUAUGUGUAAAACCUCAGAAUAUUCAAAAUGAAUAUUUUUAUAUUUCUAUUUGCAGUAUUAAAUUUGAUCAAAUUAAUAGUUUAUUAGAAAAUUGAUUCUAGAUUACAAUACAUAUUCGUUGAUUUGAAUAUUAAUAGUUGACAUUAUCGUUUACAAAUUGUUAUCUCUUGAGCAGUGUAAUUUUUUGUCAAAUAAUAAAUUUUGGAAAUUCUGAAAUAUGCUAGAUAUUAAUUCAACAGAAUUUGUAUCACUCAAGAUAUAUUAUUACAUUCAUUUAAGAAAAGACUAUAUAGAUGCAAGUCAAUUGUAAUAGCUUGUCUACAGAACAUCACACUGAUCAUUAUUGCUUGCAAAUCCAGUGUGAACGCACCGACUUCCAGCAUUAUUGUUAGUAUAAGCUGUUGUAAUGAAAGAAUUUAAGAAUAUAAAUGUGCGUUUAACUAAGUAAUGAUGAAAAAACUAAACUAUCUUUUAUAAGGCGAUCAUUUGAUACAUGUACCAGAACGAAUAAGAUAGAAAUUUAUCUCAUUGGUUCUGGUACAGUUUGGUACAUAUACCAAACGAUCGCCAAAAAUCGCUGAAUAUGCUCUAUUCCAUGUUAUUCGUGUAUAUUAAUAUUUGUCGAUACAUUUAAUAUUCAUAACUAUUUUUCUAUAAUUAUACUAAUAUUAAUUGUUAUUAUAAUGAAUGGUGAAGAAAUAUAUUUCUUUUAUAAAC